GAGGGGGCGGGCACUGCGAGACGCAGGCUCUCCGGGUUGCAAAUCUUGCUACUUGAUCUGCUUCCUGGGGUUUGCUUUCGUUUUGCAGGGUCGCCUCCUCUACGACUACUGGAGGCGCUUGCCGGCUGAUGCGUAAAAGGGGACCUUGAUCCGGGGAAAAGGAAGAGCAACAGACGAAAUCCAGGUGCUCCUCCAGUUGCUCUGUGUAUGCAGUGAUGCUGGUGCCCUCUUUUAGCAGAGGCGGGGCCCGCGUUGUUCAGCUGCUGGGGGCCAGGCUCCGGCUCCAAGUUUUCAGCUUCCCCCAGAAUAGAUGCUGCUAUUCAGGCGACCCUUACCCAUCACCCAGGAAAGCCACCGGGAUUAAGAAGAGAGGCUAUGACAUCACCAGGAACCCCCAACUCAACAAGGGAAUGGCCUUUACCCUUGAAGAGAGACUCCAACUGGGAAUCCACGGCCUGCUUCCUCCUUGCUUCUUGAGCCAAGACGUCCAAGUUCUCCGUGUCCUCAGAAGCUAUGAGACCAAAUCCAGUGAUCUAGACAAAUACAUCAUCCUUAUGACACUCCAAGACCGAAAUGAGAAGCUAUUCUACCGAGUUCUCACAUCAGACAUAGAAAGAUUCAUGCCUAUAGUAUACACUCCCACUGUCGGCUUGGCCUGUCAGCAAUACGGGCUGGCGUUCAGAAGGCCUCGUGGGCUGUUCAUUACCAUUCAUGACAAAGGACAUAUUGCAACGAUGCUGAAUUCAUGGCCUGAAGAAAACAUAAAGGCUAUUGUGGUGACAGAUGGAGAGAGAAUUCUAGGUCUGGGAGAUCUAGGAAGCUAUGGCAUGGGUAUCCCAGUGGGGAAACUGGCUCUGUACACCGCUUGUGGUGGCGUUCAUCCGCAGCAAUGCCUACCUGUCCUUUUAGAUGUUGGCACGGACAAUGAGGCCCUCCUGAAUGACCCGCUCUACAUUGGUCUGAAGCAUAAGAGGGUCCGUGGGAAACAGUACGAUGACCUGAUUGAUGAGUUUAUGCAAGCAGUUGCGAACAAGUAUGGGAUGAAUUGCCUCAUUCAGUUUGAAGACUUUGCCAAUGCCAACGCAUUCCGACUGCUCAACAAAUACCGCAACAGAUACUGCACGUUCAAUGAUGACAUUCAGGGAACUGCCUCUGUUGCAGUAGCUGGAAUCUUUGCAGCCUUAAGGAUCACAAAGAACAGGCUUUCCAACCACAAGUUUGUCUUCCAAGGAGCUGGAGAGGCUGCAAUGGGCAUAGCUCACCUGAUUGUUAUGGCCCUAGAGAAGGAAGGGAUUUCAAGGGAAGAAGCUAUCAAAAAAAUCUGGAUGGUGGACUCUAAAGGACUCAUUGUCAAGGGCAGGAGUCAUCUGAACCACGAGAAGGAGAUGUUUGCUCAUGACCAUCCCACUGUGAAGACCUUGGAGGAAGUGGUGCAGACAGUGAAACCAACAGCUGUUAUCGGUGUGGCUGCUAUUGCAGGAGCUUUCACAGAUAAAGUUUUGAAGGACAUGGGGACAUCCAAUGAGAGGCCAAUCGUGUUUGCCCUGAGCAACCCCACGAGCAAAGCAGAGUGCACGGCAGAACAGUGUUACCGCUUAACAGAGGGCCGAGGUAUAUUUGCAAGUGGGAGUCCGUUCCCAAAAGUGACCUUGCCAAGCGGACAGACCUUCUUCCCAGGCCAAGGAAACAACGCUUAUGUUUUCCCAGGAGUUGCUCUAGGAGUUAUCGCCUGCGGAGUCCGGCACAUCUCUGAUGACAUCUUUCUCACCACAGCAGAGUCAAUUGCAGAAGAAGUUACUGAAGAGAAUCUUGCUGAAGGAAGAUUGUAUCCACCUCUGAGCUCCAUUCGAGACGUCUCCUUCAAAAUUGCUGUGAAAGUUGUUGACUACGCCUACAAACACAACUUGGCCUCCUGGUAUCCAGAGCCGGAAGACAAAGAAGCCUUUGUUAAAUCCCUCAUUUACAGCCCUGACUACGAGUCCUUCAUCAUAGAUAAAUACCAGUGGCCACAGGAAGCCAUGCAGACUCAAAAUAUUUAAUGUUCCUCUUACAUUUUUUUUAAAGAGACUCUGACCCUUAAAAUGCUCAUGUUUCUACCACCUUGGAAAUCAACAUGUCUUCAAGUUUGUAGAUUCCUUAGCUAUAGAUGGAGGGAUGAGCAGGCACCCAUCUUUACUUUCUUAAAAAAUAUAUACAAACAGAUCUGAGCCAGAAAUAGCACAAAGUGAACAGGAGCCAUUUGUGCUUCCAAGCAAAGGGAUAGAGGGCCAUGCUUAGAAUCACAGAAUAGGAGAAUUGGAAGAGGCCUAUAAGGCCAUCAAGUCCAACCCCGUAGGAAAGAGCUCAACGGUUUCAUCCUAUUGUCUUCCUUCUCUAAGCACUCACCGCAACUUUAUGGAAAACAUUCUACACUAAGGACACCAUCCCCCACUACACUGCCAUAACCUCCCACCCCCACCAUUCCCAGGGCUAACGCAAGGAGCUGAGCUCCAGAAAACCCCACUUUAACUGGGGCUGAGAGACCCCACAACUAAGGAUGGAGGAAUCUGUCAGUUUUGGCUUCAUUCAGGUUAUCCUGAAGGCACAUAACAACAACAAGCCCAGAUCUCCACAUUUCCAAAUCAGUUUGUGAUUGGGGGGGGGGGUUUCACACAAAAAUCCACCAGCAUUUUAGUGUUUCUCCUAAUAUACACAUUUGUAUAUGCAAUUUUGCCUAAUAUACAUAAUUUUGCAAGCAUAGUAGAAUGUAUUUUUGUACAUUAUUUUUGCCUAGAUGUGCAUUUUUAUGCACUCCUUCCCCUAAUAUACACAUUUUUGUACACACUGGUUGGAGAACUGCAUUGUAAAAUUCAGGGAACAUAAAGGGUAGCUGCAUUUCAGUUUGCAUAUUGUUUCAGGAAGUAGCAUUGAGUUCAAAUGUGAACUGAACUAAAUUUCCCCCCCCCCAGCCAACCCAACCACCACAUAGCAACCACUGGCACUGCUGGUGUGAAUUGGAGCUGUUGCAGCAGUUCUCAGCCAGCACCUUGCCAGGGGUUCUGCAACUGUUUCCACCAGUCCUAGCAAGUAAGAAGGUUGUUGCAUGUCAGUUCGGUUGUGCAGUCUUUUGACCACAGGUAUGUCUGCAGUCUGCCACAGUUAAUGAGGGAAGCCAGUACUUCCUCUAACACACACAUACCACUGUACACUGCAGCAGGGUUGUAGAUGGAGCUUUCAGUUAGGGCUGAGAUUCACUUCUUGGUGCUAGUUCAGUCGGAUUCUAUCAAACUGGCAGGUAGUUCCAUUUGUGUUUGUUUUCCGCUAUCUUCUGCUUUUACCAUUUUGCAUAGAGUAGGCUGUUCAGUUUCAUUUAGCAAAGCAAAGACACAAACAUCCCAUGUUAGGAAAAGCCAUGGAAAUUUGUAGCAUUUAGGUUCAGUCCUCAGCGAUAGCGAACAUGCAAACUACCGGGGAGUCUAGUGCUAAAUUUGAUUCCAGCCAAAUUUUCAUCCCUCCUUACUUUCAAUAAACACAAUAAAAUUUCCACUACUCAA